UUCGUGCUUAUGUGCUUGGCGAACUAAAUUCCUUCACCGCUUACUAUGCAAAGGUGCAUAAUCUACGUCAAAAAAACAAUAAAAAAUUACAUAUAACGAUUACGCUUACACGACAUGGGUACAUGGUCAUGAAUGAGGUGAUCAGAGUGAUCAUUACUCAAGAAAAUGCCGCCGAAACAAAGAAAAAUCGCCAUCAUGGGCUAUCGUUCAGUCGGCAAAUCGUCACUGAGCAUCCAGUUCGUUGAAGGUCAAUUUGUAGAUUCUUACGAUCCAACAAUUGAAAAUACGUUUGUGAAAACUACUAGAGUGAACAAUCAAGAGUACGACUUAAAAUUGGUCGAUACAGCUGGACAAGAUGAGUACUCGAUUUUGCCCACACAAUAUUCUAUGGAUAUUCAUGGAUACGUACUAGUCUACAGCAUUACAUCACCAAAAUCUUUUGAAAUCAUACAAAUAAUUUAUGACAAACUUUUAGAUAUGACCGGCAAAGUACAUGUUCCUGUAGUAUUGGUUGGAAAUAAAAAAGAUUUGCAUAUGGAUCGUGUUGUUACACAAGAAGAAGGGCGUAGGUUAGCAGAUUCUUGGAAAGCUGUAUUUCUUGAAGCUUCGGCCAAGCAGAAUGAGGUAACUUCAAAAAAAUGUGUAGCUGAUAUAUUCCAUACCAUGUUAAUGGAAAUUGAAAAAGCUAAUGGAAAUGUUCAAGAGAAAACUGGUUGCAGUAUAUCAUGAAAGUGCAAUAAAACCACACCAAUGACUUUAUUUUAUUAUUAUUAUAUAGCCAAAUAUGUUACUUACAUUUGUAUUAAUUAAUACAUUUAAAAAUAU